GCAGCGAGCAUAGGCGGCGAGGUUGCGCCCCGGCGCCCGAGACCGGCGGCUGCGGGGGGCGGGGGCUGCGCCCGAGCCGGAUCCGGCGCUCCGGCUCCGAGUGGUGUCGGGGGAAAGGUCGUUGUCCAGCACAGAUGCGUUUGCCGGAGGCAGCACUGGAGGUUCUGGUCGAGGCGUAAAGCCUGGGGCUUCCAAUGAUACUCUGGGCGGCGAUGGAAGCCUAGAUGCCUCACCGCAAGGAGCGGCCGAGCGGGUCCUCGCUUCACGCCCACGGCAGCGCCGGCACUGCGGAGGGAGGAAGCAUGUCCCGGUUGUCUCUUACCCGGUCGCCCGUGUCUCCCCUGGCCGCCCAGGGCAUCCCACUGCCAGCCCAGCUCACCAAGUCCAACGCGCCUGUGCACAUCGACGUGGGUGGUCACAUGUACACCAGCAGUCUGGCCACGCUCACCAAGUACCCCGACUCCAGAAUAAGCCGCCUCUUCAAUGGCACCGAGCCCAUCGUCCUGGACAGUUUGAAGCAACAUUAUUUCAUCGACCGGGAUGGGGAGAUUUUCCGCUACGUCCUGAGCUUCCUGCGGACAUCCAAACUGCUGCUCCCAGAUGACUUCAAGGACUUCAGCCUGCUGUACGAGGAGGCGCGGUACUACCAGCUGCAGCCCAUGGUGCGCGAGCUGGAGCGCUGGCAGCAGGAGCAGGAGCAGCGCCGACGCAGCCGCGCCUGUGACUGCCUCGUCGUGCGCGUCACGCCGGACCUGGGCGAGCGCAUUGCGCUCAGUGGCGAGAAGGCCCUCAUCGAGGAGGUCUUCCCCGAGACCGGGGACGUCAUGUGCAACUCUGUCAACGCCGGCUGGAACCAGGACCCCACGCAUGUCAUCCGCUUCCCGCUCAACGGCUACUGCCGGCUCAACUCGGUGCAGGUGCUGGAGAGGCUGUUCCAGAGGGGUUUCAGUGUGGCUGCAUCCUGUGGGGGUGGCGUGGACUCUUCCCAGUUCAGCGAGUACGUGCUGUGCCGUGAGGAGCGGCGGCCGCAGCCCACCCCCACUGCGGUCCGGAUAAAGCAGGAGCCACUGGACUAGGCCCCGCCUCAGGGCCCGCCUGAGGCUGUCUGGCCCUGGGGACAUCCCAGGGACCUGGAAACAGUGCUGGGGAGUUCUGCCUCUACCUGCGUAGCAGUGGGCAUGAGACUGAGGGUGGGGCUGGAGGGUCCAGAGCCAGCCCGGGGAGCCGCAGGUAUCCUGGCAACAGCGCGUGGGAUGCCGGAGGCACGCCCACCGAAGGACCGUUGAUGUGACCCAAAGAUGCUGCGGUGGGAACAGUUCUCCGGGCACUUCGGCUCCCCGGCCCGGCAAGGCACGGCCUGCUCCGAGGCAGGGUCAGCAGAGGCCUCCGGGCCCACGCCGGAGGAGCCGUUCAUCCUUCUCCACGCGUGGCAGUCUCCACUGGGUCUCCUUGUGUCACAGAUGGCUUAUUUUUCUACACUAUUUAGGAUGGAAGAAACUAACUGCACAAGCCAGAGAGGCUGACAAGGACCAACGCUUCUUCAUCUGGUGCUCAGUUCGUAGCUGGAC